CCCACUUUUUUCUGUAAUUUUGUUUUUGGCUUUUUUCUCUGCUAAUUCCUCAGCAGCAAAUUCCAAUUUCUACUCCCUUUCUCACUCUUCGUUUGACCCAGAUUUCAACAGAAACUCCUCCUCCUUCUCCUUCCAUUUCCACAACUGGCUUUUCUUUUUCCAUUUCUGUUUAUAUAAUUUCUACUUUUUUUUCUUUUGUGUUUUGGUAAACAUUUGCAUUAUCUGUGGCCUAUGGCUGUUUGAGAGGAGACCAAGUUUUCUUUUUUUCCUUUUGGGGUUCCCCAAAAUUGUAUUUUAAUUUUGGGUUUUGGGUUAUAGAGAGGAAACUCUCUCUCUCUCUCUCUCUCUCUCUCUCUCUCUCUCACUCUCAUUUUUCUUGUGUUUCUAGUCCUCCUCCACUCUCUGGUUUGGGAGUGGUAGCUAGGGUUUUGGUGGGUUUUCUCUGAAUUAGGCAGUUAUGGUGAGAAAACAUGGAUGGCAACUGCCUGCUCACACCUUCCAGGUUGUCGCUAUUACUGUGUUCUGCUUGUUAGUGGUUGCCUUCUAUGCUUUCUUUGCUCCCUUCGUCGGAGGCCGCAUCUGGGAAUAUGUUUUGAUUGGCGGUUACUCUCCAGUGGCACUGCUCGUCUUCAUUCUUUAUGUUCGAUGUACUGCAAUAAACCCUGCAGAUCCUGGAAUUAUGUCCAAGUUUGGAAACGGAGGAAGAAAUGGUAUCAAUCCAAAUCAUAGGUUAUCAGCAAAAGACUUGCCUAGAAAGUUUGAUGAAGCCACCACAGGCCAUUCUUCUCCGUCAUCGGUUUCCAGAAGUUCUUUGGCAGGUGCUAACUCUAGUAGGAAAGGGUCAGUAGGAGAACUUGGGGGUGUAAAUAUUCCGGAAGAACCGACAACUGGGAGUUGCAUUGGAGGAAUUUGCUGUGCAUUGUUUGUACACGAAGAUUGCCGCAAACCACAGGAAGGGGCAGCUGAGAAUCAGGGUGGUGAAGAUGCUUUGUUCUGCACAUUGUGCAAUGCUGAGGUCCGCAAGUUCAGCAAACACUGUAGAAGUUGUGAUAAAUGCGUGGAUGGAUUUGAUCACCACUGUCGGUGGCUUAACAAUUGUGUUGGACACAAAAAUUACCUGAGUUUUAUAUGUUUGAUGGCCACCAGUCUUCUUUGGCUUGUUAUUGAAGCUGGAGUUGGUAUUACUGUCAUGGUGCGCUGCUUUGUUAAUAAGACAAGCAUGGAGGCAGAAAUUAUUGAUAGACUUGGAAAUGGUUUCACUCGUCCCCCAUUUGCAACAGUUGUGGCUUUAUGUACUGCAGUUUCUAUGCUGGCAUGUGUUCCACUUUGUGAACUCUUCUUCUUCCACAUGAUACUUAUUAGGAAGGGUAUUACAACCUAUGAAUAUGUCGUGGCGAUGAGAGCAAUGAGUGAGGCACCUGGAGGAGCAUCUGUCGAUGAGGGUUUCCAAAAUUACAUGCACUCCCCAACAGGAUCAGCUACAACUGGCUUGAGCGGAGGAAGUUCUUUAGGUCUGCAAUACAAGGGUGCAUGGUGUACCCCUCCCAGAGUAUUUGUGGAUUAUCAGGAGGAAGUUGUACCGCAUUUGGAGCCCGGAAUGGUGCCAUCAACUAUUGAUCCGGACGCAGCUGGAGCUACAGAAAGAGAGCAAAAAGGUCCUAAAAGGCCUGUCCGCAUUAGUGCUUGGAAGCUUGCAAAGUUGGAUUCCAGUGAGGCUAUGAGAGCAGCAGCCAAGGCCAGGGCAUCAUCCUCCGUUCUACGACCACUGGAUAAACCUGAUGUUGAACUUAGCUCAAGCGGCAAUAUGAGUGUGCGGAGUAGUGUAAGCACUGAUACGGGGGCAAAUAAAGAGAUGAAGAAUGAUCUGAGGUUGUCAAGAAAUUCCUAUGCUCCAAGUCAAGGUAGCCGAGAUGAGUAUGAAACAGGGACUCAAAGCAUAAGUAGCUUCAGUAGUCCGAGCCAUGCUCAUGAAGUGGUCACACUUAGCCCUCUGCCACAGGCUCCGGGUGUGGGACGUUUUAGCUCUGCCACUUCAGUGCCCAGCUUAGUUCCUGACCGUCCAUUAACUGCCAAGGCAACAUUGCCUAAUGUCAGCAUGGGAUUUGAUGAAAGGAUCAUGCAGAGGGGAAGUACAGCCGAUCCAUUACAACUUUCCGCUCCAAUUAUGCAGAGGGGAAGUACUACUGAUUCGAUGCUGCUUUCAGCUCCACCUGCUUCUCUUUUCAGGGAUGUCCGAAGAACAUCUGUUGUUUGGGACCAAGAAGCAGGGCGAUAUGUCUCGGUUCCUGUAUCGGCUUCUGACGCUCGAAACAGGACAUCCAUACAAACAGGAUUUCCAAAUCCUAAUGCAGAAGCAAGCUAUAGUAGAAGACCAGUUAUUCCGCCACAGGAGGCUUCAUCUUCUGCAGCGAAGCCUCCAGCACAACAAGCGGAGAAACUGCUGUACACAGGGGAUUCUAUAUUCUUUGGUGGCCCGCUUUUGAGUGCACCAGUUAGGGAUAACUUAAGAAAUGAAAGGGAUUCGGGUUCUAGAGAGGGCCAAGAGAGGGCAGGGCUGAACUUGCCUAGGGAAUCCAGGUUCAAACGUGAUUCUACCUCAAACCAGCUUCCUGUGUUUGUCCCAGGGGGCUUUGAGAACAACUCUUCUUUUGGGCCCGGUUCCAAAUAGUGUUAAGCGACUGAAACAAGUGCAUGUAAAUCUCUUCCUCCUUGCCCGGAUGGUGUAGUGGAGCAGCAUGAAAGUCGAGCCAACUUUGAUCCUUGCGACCUGGCUGCUUGAGAUUGUCGCUAACAGAGUUAUCGCAUGGGGUUCAAGCAGUUUCUUCGAUGAAAUUCUGAUUCAACACACCAGUUUUAGCUGAGGUUUGUAAAUGGGGCGAUCGUAGAAGUGUCUUGUGCUUUCUAGACAUUGUAGCCAAAGAAUUUCUGUUGCAGAGCUCCAUUUAUGCUCUGAAUUUUUAUUUAUUAUCGAAGUAUCUUUUCCCACUAUUUGAAUAGAUGUAUGUUUUCUAGAUCAA